AAAGUAAACUAGAAAGUCAAAGUCAAUUGUUGUCAAAAUGAGAAUGGCAAUAAAAUUGGCAACUGGUUCAGGUUUAUGGUCAGUUCUUGCAAUUCUCGCAAAGUGCUAGCAUUCACGAUUCGGUUAUAGAGUUGAAAGCUUGCGAUAAUUGUUGAAUUUCAUUCUUGCAUCAAAAAUAAGUGUAACUUAAUCCACAUUCAUAACAAAGAUAACCAUUCAAGAUGAAGUGUUUAGUAUUGCUGCUAUGCGCAGUGGCUGCUGUGAGUGCUGUUCAGUUCUUUGACCUGGUCAAGGAAGAGUGGAGUGCCUUCAAGCUGCAGCACCGUCUCAACUACGAAAGCGAGGUCGAAGACAAUUUCCGCAUGAAGAUAUACGCUGAGCACAAGCACAUCAUCGCCAAACACAACCAGAAGUACGAAAUGGGCCUCGUUUCUUACAAGCUGGGCAUGAACAAGUACGGAGACAUGCUCCACCACGAGUUCGUGAAGACUAUGAACGGCUUCAACAAAACUGCCAAACACAACAAGAAUCUGUACAUGAAGGGUGGGAGCGUCCGCGGGGCUAAGUUCAUAUCGCCGGCCAACGUGAAGCUGCCGGAGCAGGUGGACUGGAGGAAGCACGGCGCCGUCACCGACAUCAAGGACCAAGGGAAGUGUGGCUCAUGCUGGUCCUUCAGCACGACUGGAGCUUUGGAAGGACAGCACUUCCGUCAGUCCGGCUACCUGGUGUCGCUCUCGGAGCAAAACCUCAUCGACUGCUCGGAGCAGUACGGGAACAACGGCUGCAACGGGGGGCUCAUGGACAACGCCUUCAAGUACAUCAAGGACAACGGGGGCAUCGACACCGAGCAGACCUACCCCUACGAGGGAGUUGACGACAAGUGCAGGUCGGUCUGCACGCACGCGCACGCAUACACGCACGCAUACACGCACGCAUACACGCACGCACGCAUACACGCACGCACGCAUACACGCACGCACGCAUACACGCAAGCACGCAUACACGCGCGCACGCAUACACGCACGCACGCAUACACGCACGCAUACACGCACGCACGCAUACACGCACGCACGCAUACACGCACGCACGCAUACACGCAAGCACGCAUACACGCGCGCACGCAUACACGCGCGCACGCAUACACGCACGCACGCAUACACGCACGCACCCACACACGCACAUAUGCACACACGCAAACACGCACGCACGCGACCGCGGGCCCGCCGGUCAGUUACGAUUUGUCUAUCUCAACUAAACGCUAUCAGCACUAACAAUGACGUAAAUAAAUAACAACAAUAGGAAUGCUACAUUUGGCACUCUGACCCGCCGCAGGUACAAUCCCAAGAACACCGGUGCUGAGGACGUGGGCUUCGUGGACAUCCCCGAGGGCGACGAACAGAAGCUGAUGGAAGCCGUGGCCACCGUGGGGCCCGUCUCCGUGGCCAUCGACGCCUCGCACACCAGCUUCCAGCUCUACUCCAGCGGAGUCUACAACGAGGAGGAGUGCUCCUCCACUGACCUGGACCACGGGGUCAGUCUCGCUUGCAUCCUAUAUUUAUAUAUAUUAUAACCCCGGGCACUAAAAACAACAAGUUUUGACAGUCGAUGCCAUUGAUAUUGAGAUCAUACACUAGUAAAGGGUUUUUGAAAUUUUUACCCUCAAAAGGCACACAGGGUUGCAUUGUAGGACAUCCGGCCUGCUCAAAGUAAGAAACAGGAUUUUUAUACAGUGCGGGCUCCCUCACACAGGGAAUGGUAACAAGUUUUUACUAGUCGUAGGGCCUCAUGUGAGUCCUCACGGAUAGGUACCACCACCCCGCCUAUUUUUGCCGUGAAGCAGUAAUGCGUUUCGGUUUGAGCGGUGGGGCAGCCGUUGUAACUAUACUUAAGACCUUAGAACUUAUAUCUCAAGGUGGGUGGUAUUUGCGUUUACGUUGUAGAUGUCUAUGGGCUCCAGUAACCACUUAACACCAGGUGGGCUGUGAGCUCCUCCUACCAUCUAAGCAAUAAAAAUAAAAUAAAGUAUAUUUUUAACAAUAUUGGACGUGUACCUCGAGCACAUUUCCCGGGGCCCCCAGCGCCCUCCCUCCGACAGACCACGCAAAGAUCAGUUGUAUCAGUAUUAUUAUGUCGAUACGAACCUGUUGAUUCAUUGAAAUAUAGCUGGUAAGACGUUACAGUAAUUGUUGUUGACUUGUUUUAACUUGUACUGGUGUGGCGGGUGGGCAGGUUCUGGUGGUGGGUUACGGCACCGACGAGCAGGGCGUGGACUACUGGCUCGUGAAGAACUCGUGGGGCCGCUCGUGGGGCGAGCUGGGCUACAUCAAGAUGAUCCGGAACAAGAACAACCGCUGCGGCAUCGCCUCCUCCGCCUCCUACCCCCUCGUGUAAACCCCCCCCUCCCUCCCGCGGAGCUGCAACAUUCACAUCUCUUAUGUAUACUUAUGGUUAAGUUAUCUCUGUAAUAUGUAUAAUUCUCAUAAUGUAUGAUUAGGUUAAGAAACUUUAUGAAAAUUUAAGACUACUUUCGUUAUAUUUUAUAAGUUUAAAAAUCAAGUUAGAAGUCUCACAAACCUGAGGACGGCAAUACCACAACUGGCCCCCGACCGCGGUCAGGGACUGGGCUAUACACGUUGGCUUCAGUUCGUCAGUAGGCCAACGGCGACGACCUACCGACAUUGUCAAUAACAGUACGUGGCAGCGAAGAAGGACGCCGUCAUCGAAUGUUUAUGUCCAAACUCAGAUUAAUAAAUAAUUUUAUAAAAACUUGUUACAAA